CUUUUGUCUCAUCUACAUGAAGCUCAAAGUCAAGCAAGGCAAUGUCUGGCCAUAAUUGCCGCCCUCAGAUUUGAAAUCAUCACGACGGUAGCGUAAAUUCUCCAACUCAACAGAUCUCCGAAAAACAACGACUUCAACACCGACACCAUCAUGUUGAGCGGCUCUGAGGUGGCCAAGCACAAGGCCCCAGACUCGUGCUGGAUGGUUAUACACGGCAGAGUCUAUGAUGUGACCAAAUUCCUAGACAAGCACCCAGGAGGUCGUGCGAUCUUGCUCAGACAAGCUGGAGCUGACGCUACACCAGAAUUUGACAAGAUUCACUCGGUAGAGGUCCUCCAGGACCUGCCAGACGGCAGCAACCUCGGCGAGCUAGACCCCUCUACAGCCAAGGCGCUCAGCAUUGCGGUACCUGAGGCCGUAACCACCGCCGCCGCCGCCGACAGCAAGAAGGUGCGCCCACUAGCCUUAUGUGUGCGUGCAUCCGACUUUCGCUCCGAGGCCAAGAAGGUCCUGAACCGGCGGUCAUGGACCUACAUCUCGAGCAGCGCCAACUCGGGCCACUCGAUGCAGGGCAACCUCGACUCAUGGGGCCAGGUGACGUUCCGCCCGCGCGUCAUGCGCAACGUCGCGAGCGUGUCGGCGCGCACCUCGUUCCUGGGCCACCCAUCCGUCGUGCCGUUCUUUGUCGGGGCCACGGGGACGAUGGGCAUGGCGCACCCCGGCGCGGAGAUAGAGAUGAUGCAUGGUCUGGUGCGCAAGGGCGUGCACGCCGUCAUCUCUACGGCCAGCUCCAAGACGUGGGGGGACAUUAUGGACUUCCAUGCCCAGGAGCUCGUAAAAGUGGGCGGGGCCGAGGAGAACCCGGCGAGGUUGUUCUUCCAGCUGUACAUCCCGACGGACAGGCAAAAGGCCGUCGAGCUCGUACAGAGAGUUAAAGAGGCCGGCUACAGGGGCCUGUUCAUCACCGUUGACACGAACGUCCUUGGCAAGAGGACAGCGGACCGUCGUAAGCAGGCAGAAGAGUCUCUGGAAGACGGAAAAGACCACAGCACCACCUCGCAGCCCGCCGGAGCAGAAGGCAACGAGAACAAGUACGCUCCUGCGGUGGGUGCGCGCCCUGUCCCCGGGCAGCUGAGUCCCAUGGUCAACUGGGAGGACCUGGAGUGGAUCCGAAAGGAGUGGUCUGGUCCCAUCGUCCUAAAGGGCAUCCAGACGGCCGAAGACGCAAGGCUGGCUGCCGAGAACGACUGUCAGGGUAUCCUGCUCAGUAAUCACGGGGGUCGGCAGCAACAUUCCGCCCCGAACGGGCUGGCCACGCUGCUGGAGAUCAGGGCAUACUGCCCAGAGGUCCUCGAGAAGCUGGAGGUGUAUAUAGAUGGUGGUUGCCGAGACGGUGCUGAUAUCCUCAAGGCCCUGGCGCUGGGCGCCACUGCUGUGGGUUUCGGACGGCCAUUCCUCUACGCCAUGGCUGCUUAUGGCUCAGCAGGAGUGCAGAAGCUGGUCGACAUCCUCACCGAAGAGCUCACCAUCGGCAUGGCGCUGCUGGGCGUCACUGCGAUCGACCAGCUCCGGCCUGAAAUGGUGAAUGCUCAGCCUCUUAUCAACAACAUGUGGCGACCUGAGCUUCCAUCCAUCUUGAGCCGUCUCUAGUCUCGAAAAAGGAACGAUGAAUGGCGACGAGCCUUGGUCCUUUCCUUUUACCCCUUCUUUUGAUUCCCUGGAGGCAUCGAUGAGGAAAUGACAACCUAGGUGCACAAGACAACGGCUCAGGAGAAUAUAACUAAAGAGAACAUAACUUAAAGGGAGAAAGAGCGCAGAAUACAGGCUUUCGACGGUGGGUUCCGGAGCGGUAGGGGCUGAGAUUGUGGGAGAUGGAACAUGUCGUGCCAUCAAAGAGUAUUCGAUAGGGAGUCACUGGAUACUUCCAUUAUUCCUAUCAUUAGAGUUACACAUUUUGAUAGAGGCAACGUCUAGAAACCCGCCAUGCAUUCUUUUCCAACCCG